AACAGCGGUAGGCUACCCGGAGCAUUUUCACGGCGUGGAUCGGAAGUACAACUUUUAUCUCUUCCUAUCAGUUGUACCUAAAAUGGCGGCGCGCAUUGCCCUACCUGCAGCGUGAAAAUAACUACAUGUUAUGCGCUGAGGGUUGACUUCUAGGCGGUAGACGGACAGAAACGGACGGCGUUCCAGACCGACACGCAACAUGUCCAAGAUCUCCAGGGCAGCGAAAGUGGUGAAGAAGGUGGAGCCCGCGGGGGUGAUCCGGGCCAUCAUACGCUCAGGCCAGGCUACUCCGGGGCCCCCACUUGGCCCUGUGCUAGGACAGAGAGGAAUUCCGAUUGGCCUGUUCUGCAAGGACUUCAAUGACAGAACCAAAGACAUCAAAGAGGGCAUCCCACUUCCCAUUCGGAUCCACGUCAAGCCCGACAGGACGUAUGACUUGAAGAUCAAUCAGCCGACGGUGUCUUACUUCCUGAAGGCUGCUGCUGGCAUUGAGCGAGGAGCAGGUAAAACAGGCCAUGAAAUUGCGGGAAUGGUGUCCGUGCGGGCGGUGUACGAGAUCGCCAAAGUGAAGGCCAUGGAUGAGAGCUUCAAACUGCGGAACGCCUCCCUGGAGAUGGUCGUUAAGUGCAUCAUCGGCUCCGCCCGCUCGCUGGGCAUCAAAGUGGUUAACGAUCUCACAGCGGAGGAGUACGCUCAGUUCAUGGAGGAGAAGGAGGCCCGGAUCCUGGCGGAGCAAGCAGCGGCCGCGGCUGAAGCCGAGGCGGCAAAGAAGAAGUGAACGCGCUCGCACACGCGUGUGCACCGCUCACACGUGUGUGCACUGAUACUCUGUACCGCGUUCAGUUUCGGACUCUCACACAUUUGUCAUAUCGAUUUUUUUAUUUUAUUUUAUUUUAUUUUUUUUUUAUUAUUAUUCGCUCAUGUUGUGUGGGCAGGUUGAUCUCUGCAGUGCCCCGUGGGGAGGUGUGCUCAUGUGACCCCCGUGUCCUCAGAACUGCCUGCGGUCAGCUGCCGCUGCCUACGCUCACUGCAGCAGUAGAGGCUGUGCGUGGUCGGGUCCAGGGCUGCGCCAGGCUGAGUGAGCCAGGGAAUCCCCUGCUGAUCCAAACCCUCCCUCCCGCAGGCAGGCAACAUGUGAGAGACUGCUGUCCACCAUUGGCAUUGGCUGGGUAAAGGUUCAUUUCUGGACUGUGACCAAAGAUCCAACGUUGGUGUUUUAGCUGGAGGUGCGGUAACGCUUUAUUUUACAAGAUGUUAAUUACCCAGUAUUUACUAGUUAUUACAGUACUUAAUAGUAUUUUACGUGACAGUUAUUUAGCUGACAGUUGAGCGCUUUUAUCCAAAGCGACUUUGAUUAGACUAAGCAGGGCACAAUCCCCCCUAGGGCAAUGUGGCUAAGGGCCUCGCUCUAGGGGCCAACAGUCCCAUGGAUCUUACCAUGGAUCAUGGUAAUUAACAGUCUGUAAAAUAAAGUGUUACCUGGCUUGCCAACUGGGAGCCCUGCUUGUCAUGCUGAAUAGGAGUCCGGUUGGGUUUUGGGUUUUUGUUGUCGGUUCAGUUCAAGCUGGCAACAGCGAUGGACCAUGUCUUUAUGGACUGGUUAGCAUGUGGUGGUGAUUAAAUAAUUCAUUAUAACAUUACAGCAAUGGUAAGUGUGACUUCUGGAAAUAAAGUUUGCCUUUUUCCCCAAAGGGGGACACUACCUCUUUGCUUUUGGAAUUAAUAAAAAAAAAAAAGAAAGUUUGUGCUCCCUUGAAUCAAAAUGAUGAAAUCUAAAGUUAAGCCCCGCAUGUGUUUCCUGUUUGCUCUUAUCGAGAAUAAGAGUAUCCUCUCCUCUCACUGCUGAUGGUGGCCUCCAGGUGUCUAGUUCAAAAGGAGAAGCGUUGUUCAUUAGUCAGUCCCUAAAUGCUGUUGACUUGGCAGAAUCUGUGCUGCACUGAUGGGCAAUCUGUAUGAAUUGGCAGUACUUUUGACCCUUAGAAAAUGAAAAAUAAAUAAAUAAAUAAAGGAUAAUCAAGGACUGUGCUUGAGGAACUUUUGGCGCAAAUCUCUGAUCUGUUUUUGGUGAUUAAAUUGUGUUAUUAUGGAAA